AUGCCCGCCCGUCUCAAGAGGUAUUCGGCCUCGUCAGAUGCAUCGUCGCCAUAUUCCACGGAUGACCGCGACAUCGUGAUAGACGUUGAGAAGCAGCCAUCGCGGCCCCGACGCCAUUACCGCCAUCAUAGCCACAGCUCGUACGACGCGGACAGUGACGAUGACUCCGCGAGCUCCUCUUCGGUGGCUUCCUAUCGCCCCAUGUUGAACAGAGCGCCCGUGCGCCCCCGCAGCAGGGUGGGCUAUCGCAUUCCCAAUCGGAUCAUGAGAUGGCUCUGCUUUGCGCUGCUGUCGUUCUUGAUUCUCUUCAUCUGUACCCUCUUCCGCUUUACCUUUCUUUCGACAGUCACUCGAGUCAAUGUGCAGUUACCGAAACCCGCCCCAAGGCCGGCACCAUGGGAGAAUUUUCCAUUCUUGAACCGGUAUCAUGGUGGUAUCCGAUCCUUGGUGUCGCGCAGUGAGGUGGUGCCAGAGUAUCCCAACGACAAUCCGGACGCUAUCGGUGUUGACAACGAGGAUGCGAAGGGCAAUGAUGUUCAAGCUCGGGAUCAAGCGCUACCAUUCUCGAGCUCGGUGUUCAAUCCGUAUCCCGAGUACGCAUCUGCAGAAUAUGUCGAAAAGUACGGCGAGAAACGCGAGUGCUUCCUCGACAAGGAUGAGACUUUGCGGGUUCCAUUGGUGCAUCACUAUCCCGGCGUACCCCGUGGCUUCCCUGAGGCUAUCAUGGGCUCUAAUGAGAUGAUCGGAAUUCGAGAUGACGUCUGCUUUGACCGGUUUGGACGCUUGGGGCCUUAUGGUCUCGGCUAUAGUGUGCGAAAGGGUGGUAUCGGCGCUGGCCUCGAGGGCGACCGUGAAGGAGCAGAACGUGUCUGGGAUGACUAUCCGCCAGUCGACUUUCGUCACGUCGACUGGGCCGCUGCACAGAAUCGAUGCUUGGCCUCGAACAGCCAUCGCUUCAGGGAUCUUCCUGCGCCGAGACCCAGCCGCUUCCUCUCUAUGUCUGUGGGUGCACCGGAAACUACGGAUGAGAAGCCCCAGGGCAAGCCGCAGCCGGACUCUGCAAAGGAAUAUCUACCCCGGACGGCGUUCGUGAUUCGUACGUGGCACGAUCUCCACUACACCCCUGAUGACAUUCUGUACCUACGUUCCCUCAUUGCGGAGCUUGCAUUGCUCUCUGGCGGCGAAUACACCAUCCAUUUCCUGGUCCACGUCAGAGACGAAACCCUGCAGAUUUGGGCCGAUGACGAAGUGUAUGAGCGCGUGCUGAAUGAGGCUUUGCCGGAAGAGUUCCGUGGCAUGGCCACACUCUGGUCGGAGAGGCAGAUGAAUCUCAUGUAUGCCGGCUUGGAGGAGACGUGGGCCCGCGGGCUGUCCGUGCACGGCGUAUAUCGCAGCACCUACAUGCCAAUGCAAUAUUUUGCGCAUCAGCAUCCCGGAUACGACUACUACUGGAACUGGGAGAUGGAUGCCCGGUAUACGGGCCACUGGUAUCACCUGUUUGACAAGGUCAUCAGUUGGGCACGGGAACAGCCGCGGAAGGGUCUAUGGGAGCGAAAUGCUCGGUUCUAUGUUCCCUCCGUCCACGGCACCUGGGAGGAUUUCCGCCAGAUGGUUCGAGUGCAGACCGAAAUCGGCACCAACAGCCCGAACAACCUGUGGAGUGCAUCCCGGCCCGGCCAAGACCGCACCCCCGGCGAGGUGAAGGCUCUACAGCAGCAAGGUGACAAGCCCAUCUGGGGUCCGGAGCGACCUAACGAGCCAGAUAUCCUCGAGGUAGACGGCGAAGGCAUCCCCCCGACCACCAUGGAAAAGGAUCGGUACAAGUGGGGCGUGGGCGAAGAAGCAGACCUGAUCGUCUUCAACCCGCUCUUCGACCCCGAAGGCACAACCUGGCCGCUGCGGGACGACGUCACCGGAUACGACCGCGAAACCGGGCUCCCUCCGCGUCGAGCCUCCAUCAUCACCGCAUCCCGCCUGUCCCACAAGCUCCUACACACCAUGCACAAGGAAACCACCCUCCACCGCCACACCAUGUUCUCGGAGAUGUGGCCCGCCUCGACCGCCCUCCAGCACGGAUUCAAAGCCGUCUACGUACCUCAUUCCAUGUACAUCGACCGUCGCUGGCCGACCCAGUACCUCGAAUCGGUGUUCAACGCGGGCCGCAACGGCGCUUCCGGCGGCGCACGCACUUCCGUCUUCGGGGACAGGGAACACAACUUCCGCGGCACCACGUGGUUCUACUCGGCCGGAUUCGCGCCCAACCUGUGGAGACGCUGGCUAGGCUACAAGGUCGACAACGACGGUGGCGAACAGGCUGAGCUCGCCGGUGAAGGCCGGAUGUGUUUGCCUCCGAUGUUAUUGCAUCCGAUUAAGGACGUGGAAAUGAUCAUCGAUGAUGGCGAACAAGCACGAGACUGA